AUGGCCAUUGAGGAGCAAAGCAAACAAAGGCAACAAGUGCUUUCAUUCACCGAAGGUGGAAGUGAUGGUAUCACUUCCAUCACAAAUUUCUCGUAUGAUCAUGCCAAGGUAAGAGAGCUUGCGUCACACAUGAUUCUUGCACAUGAGUACCCCUUUUCUAUGAUGAAGCAUGUAGUUUUUAACAAAUUCAUGAAAGCAGUUUCUCCGUUUUAUAAAAAGAUUAAUCGGCAGACUGUUAAGGAAGAUUGUAUGAGUACUUAUACAAUUGAAAAAAGGAAGCUGAAAUCAUUGUUGAAAGGUGCUGGUAGAAUUAGUAUUACAACUGAUUUGUGGAAAUCUGGUCAAAAAAUUCAAUAUAUGGUUGUGACUGGUCAUUUUAUUGAUUCUGAUUGGGUGCUUCAAAAACGUGUGUUGAAUUUUUGCAAUGUUCCUCCUCCUCAUACUGGAGUUAUUAUAGCUGAUGCUCUAAGUAAGUGCUUCAUUGAUUGGGGGAUUGAGAAUAAGGUUUCUAGCAUAACUGUUGAUAAUGCUUCAUACAAUGAUGUGUGCAUUAGGAGACUUAGAGAGGAUUUUUCUCUAAGAAAGAGAUUAAGUAUUGGAGGAAAAAUUUUUCAUGUUAGAUGUUGUGCACAUAUACUUAAUCUCUUAGUGCAAGAUGGUCUUGGUCAACUUGGUGGUGUGAUUGAUGUUAUUAGAGAAGGGAUAAAAUACUUGAACAAUUCAGAAUCUAGGCUUCUUGAAUUUGUCAAAAUUAAAAAACAGUUUCAGUUGCCCUCUAGAAAACUAAUUUUGGACUGUCCAACAAGGUGGAAUAGCACCUAUUUGAUGUUAGUUUCAGGUUUAGAGUUCAAGGAUGUCUUUCCAAGAUAUGUAGACAUAGACCCUGGAUUUCACUAUGUUCCUACUGAUUUUGAGUGGAUGAAAGUGGAAGAAGUGUGCAAAUUUCUAGGAAUAUUUCAUGAAAUCACUGAUAUGAUUUCCGAGUUUGAGUAUCCAAUAACUAACAUUUUUCUUGUGGAGCUCUAUAGGAUUAAAGAGCUUUUAAAUGAAAAAACUCUUGAUCCUUUUGAGCAUAUUCGGGCAAUGGCUGGAAGUAUGUCUGAUAAAUUUGAUAAGUAUUGGGGGGAAAGUAAUGUGCUGCUAUCUUUGGGUGCAAUUUUGGAUCCGAGAUACAAAAUGUUCCUUAUCAAUCAUGCUUUUCCGGUGAUUUAUGGUGAGGAUGCAACUCCUAGAUUCAUGGCUGAGAUUAGAGACAUUCUUUAUGAGCUUUACAAUGAAUAUGUUGAUUGUCAUGUUGUUUCCCAUUCUAAACAAUAG